AUGGCGCCCUCACAGUUUUAUUUUCGUCUUCAACAGGGAAUUAUUGGCGGUUUUGCCCCACCUACACCAGAUUUGGUAAUUGAGAUAACUGGAGAUGGUGGCUCUCUACAGAUAAAUAUUCAUGAAGGUGUCGGAAGUCAUGAUUCGACAACCAAGACGGAGACGGUAGCGGCCCAUGAGGCUCUCGUCGAUGAGCUUCAUGGUAUCUUGAAGGAACUGCCCAUGGAGGAACCUAGAGGUUCUGAGGACAUAUAUGGAUUGAAUGUUGGUAUUGCUUGGGGUAGCGAUGACCUAGAGUGGACCAAUGGUGGUCCUCAGGGGUGCAGUGGAGGGUCCAGCUUCGUACAGGCUUCCGAGGAUCAAAAGCAGCAGUUCAAUAGAGCGAUUGAAAUUGUCAAAGAGAUCGCUAAUGUCUAA